UCCACCAUCCUCUCUCUCUCUCUCUCUCUCUCUAUGUCUAUAAAUAACAUUGUCCUCCACCGGCGCACAAAAAUGUAUCAGUUGUGAAAACGAUCGAAAAAAAGCUAAGCCCCCUCAUAUAUAUAUAACAGAAUCCCUCCAUUUCCUCCCUCAUCCUCUCUCUCUCUGAUCUCCACUUCUUUUGGUGAAUUACGUACUGCUCCGUGAACCAAGGCAGUCCGAUGGCGGCGACGGCAUUAUUAGUGGCGACGUUGGUGAUGGCGGCGGUGGAGUUCCGUCCUUGCUGGUCGCAGAACAUCACCAGAGCCAGCUUCCCAAAAGGCUUCGUCUUCGGAACUGCCUCCUCUGCGUUCCAGUAUGAAGGGGCAGUGAAAGCUGAUGGGAGGGGACCAAGUAUUUGGGACACAUACUCUCAUACUUUCGUAAGUUUUCAGCUCGAUCGCUGUGAAAGAAAACUAAAAAUGCAUGGGCAUGGGCAUAUGCAGGAGGAUAUACAGUUGAUGAAAGGCAUGGGAGUGGAUGCCUACAGAUUCUCCAUCUCCUGGACCCGUAUCUUUCCCAAUGGGACGGGCCAGAUUAAUGAAGCGGGAGUGGAGCAUUACAACAAAGUGAUAGACGCGUUAUUGGGUAACGGAAUCCAGCCGUAUGUCACUCUCUACCACUGGGACCUUCCUCAGGCCUUGCACGACAAAUACACCGGCUGGCUUGAUCGCCAAAUCAUACAAGACUUCACGGCGUACGCGGAGACGUGCUUCCAAAAGUUCGGCGACCGAGUGAAGCACUGGAUCACAUUCAACGAGCCACACACGUUCGCCGUCCAGGGCUACGACGCCGGCCUCCAGGCCCCCGGCCGCUGCUCCGUCGCUCUCCGCCUCUGGUGCAUAGAAGGCAACUCCGCCACCGAGCCGUACAUCGUCGCGCACAACACCAUCCUCGCCCACGCCUCCGCCGCCUCCGUGUACCGCCGGAAGUACAAGCCCGCCCAGAAGGGAGUCAUCGGGCUUUCCUUCGACGUCAUAUGGUACGAGCCCGUAUCCAGCUCGGCCAGCGACGUGGAAGCGGCCCAACGGGCCCAGGAUUUCCAGCUGGGCUGGUUUCUGGACCCGUUGGUGUUGGGAGAUUACCCGAGCUCGAUGAGGAUCCGGGUCGGGAACCGGCUGCAAAAGUUCUCGGGUUCUGAAGUUGCUGUGGUGAAAGGGUCGUUGGAUUUCGUGGGGAUCAAUCAUUACACGACGUAUUAUGCCAGCAAUACCUCGUCCGGGAUCGUGGACUUCCUGCUGAACGACACUCUUGCGGAUUCCGACACCGUUGCCUUUCCGUUCAAAAAUGGGAAAGCUAUUGGAGACAGGGCGAAUGCCAUAUGGUUAUACAUUGUACCGCAAGGGCUGAGAAGCUUGAUGAACUACGUCAAGCAAAGAUAUGGAAAUCCUCCGGUGUACAUUACCGAAAACGGUAUGGACGAUCCAAAUAGCUUGUUUAAAUCUAUCAAAGAUGCACAGAAAGACGAGAAAAGAAUUAGAUACCUCAACGAUUACCUCACGAGCUUGCUAGCUUCUAUCAAGGAAGACGGGUGCAAUGUAAAAGGGUACUUCGUGUGGUCUUUACUUGACAAUUGGGAGUGGUCUGGUGGAUACACUUCCAGAUUUGGUCUCUACUUUGUAGACUUUAAGGACAACCUUAAGAGAUAUCCCAAAGAUUCUGUGAAGUGGUUCACAAAUUUCUUGAGCCACAGUGCUUAGAAGUGGGAGAUAAAAAUACCAUAUGCAUCCACUCACCAAAAGAAAAAGCAAAAAGGAAAUAAAAUUGUUUGUGUGGGCUUGGUGUGUAUAUAUUUACACUUGAAUAUUGUUAUUUAGGGGUAUUUGUUUAAUAAAUCUUGUUAUAUAAAAUUAAUUGUUUCAAGUAGGGGUGGGCAAAUGGUGCAGUUCAAUCGCACUUCCCCGUAUUAUCAAUCGGACCGCACCGCAUGUGUCACUGUAAUUCCGUUGUUGCGGUCGAACCAAACCGCAUAAAUACACGGUUUGGUGUGGCUUGAAUUGUAGUGCAUGUUUAUAGUUACGCAUGAUUGGAUUCCUCA